AUGAACCGUCCAACAAAACUCGUGAACAUCAGUGAUUUCCGGAGCAAAUCAGGGCGAGUCCUCGCUUCAACUACAACGGAAUACAAGUUGAGCGCAGCGAAGCAGGCGGACGUGCGAAAGAGAUGCGAUACGACUUUUGUCCCGCCCGUGGAACCAUUGGGGGAGGAUGUGGAGGUUGGUGCGGGGGCAGCGGCGGCGUCGGGGAAGGAGAAGGCGUCGUCUAGGGAGCCUAUUGACAGAGGGUUGGAUGGGGAGGAGCCGUCUGAGCCCUCGGAUGAUGAGUGGGAGGAUGAGGAAAGGGAAGGCGAGCUUACUACAAUCCCACCCGACGAAGUCAUCCUAACCGCCUCCUUCUACAACCGGCACAAAAACCACGAAAAACGGCUCGCGACCUUCGACGUCCUCGGAUCACAGCCGUUAACCGUCCUCCGCGACGCAUUCCACUGCCCGACUGACUUUUUGCACCUGGAUGACGACGAGCCGACCGUGUUGAAUACCCUGAAACGGCGGACGAGCCCGUCGUAUUUCUUUAUCGAGGAUGUGUUUUAUAACGAUUUGAGGGAUCCGGAUGCUGAGGAUUAUAGCAAAAAGAUCAUCGAGUGGGUACAUCAGGAUGGUCGUCACAAACAGCGCAGGUUAGCGGCGUACACGAGCAAGGCGAUGACGGAUGUCACGUUUGGGGAGCUCUGCGUCCGGCCGGGGUUCGCAUACCUGUUCGUUCACCAGGGGUGCUGCCAGCACGUUCUCUACUUCGAUGAGAUCAGAUCGAUCACCCCCGCCGACCCUCAUAACCCCUCCAAAUAUCCCCGCGCAAUCCUCGUGACUAAAGCACGCGCGACAGCAACCUCGCGGUGCCAGGUGUGCGAGUACCGUAUCGCCGCUUGGGUAACACUAGGAGACGUCCGAGCAGACUGCGACCCGUGCGUGUGGUGCCAGGACUGCUUUGAGCGGUUCCAUUUCAAUGCAGAUGGGACACCGGCGUAUGAGUUUGAGUACCAUGGGUAUCGGUUGGGUGAUUAG